AUGUAUUCCAUGGAUAAUAUCGAGUUGGACAUGAUGAACCGACAGUAUAUGUACGAGGCACACACUUUUCUUGGGAAUCCGGCGAUUCCAACUUUGCCACCGCAUUGUGGAGCACCGAUCACGGCCACUCUUCCGGCCAUACCGUCGCAAUUGGCGCCACAUCCUCCUGGGAGCAUUGGUAGCACGAGUGGCAGCGAAAUUUAUUUGGACGACGAGAACAGCAGUGACAAUGAGAGUGCUUACAGCAGUGAUCAGGAAAACCAUACCAGAGAAAGAAGUCAGACGAACAGACGCAACGGUGCAUCAGGAAAGAGUCCCAGACAGGCUGUGCAACAGAGACAAGCAGCGAACAUGAGGGAGAGGAGACGUAUGCAAAAUAUCAACGAUGCUUUUGAGGGCCUGAGGGCUCACAUACCAACUCUCCCGUACGAGAAAAGAUUGUCCAAAGUCGACACUUUGAAACUAGCAAUCGGUUACAUCAAGUUCCUAAAUGAACUGGUCCGAGCAGAUACUGGGAACGAUGCACUCACAGGAAACGGCGGUCUCUCGAGGUGUUCCGGACGGGACGACGCUAAGAAGGUCAUAGUUCGUGGCAGCGAGGGGAAUCCUUUCAUUUUUCACUCGCUCUCCUGGUCAAGGAAGUCGGACAUCUCACCGAACGGAACGAUGUACGCGAAGGUGUGGACGCCGGAGGAUCCGAGAACGUCGAAAAACGGCUCGACGUUCGAGUAA